AGAAAAUACGUUUUAAUAAAAUUAUUCCAAUUAUCGACAAUUAGAUAAGAUAACGAUGAUAUAAUUGAACAAAAUAUGGAACGCAACUUGAAACGCACUUCAGUUACUUUGCUGUUUCGUUGCUGUCUCGAUCGAAAAACUUCGCAAGAAAAAUCUCUAAAAUGGCUCCUCACUGGCAAGGAAAGAAAUACAAGAUGGUCAAGUCGGAAAACUUUGACGAAUACAUGAAGGCAUUGGGUGUUGGUCUCGUUUUCCGUAAGAUGGGAGCCGCAUGGAAACCCAGCUUCGAACUCAUCAAGGAAAGUGACACAAAAUAUUUGAUCCGUUCCACGUCAUCGGUUAAAAAUGUCGAUUUGCCGUUCACGAUUGACGUUGAAUUCGACGAGACAACGACGGAUGGGCGCAAAGUCAAGUCAACGUACACGUUCGAGAACGAAAAUAAGUUGGUGCAACACCAAAAAGGCGACGUUGACUCAACAAUUAUUCGUGAAUUCACGGAAACUGGAUUCGUUGCUACAUUGACCGCUAAGGAUGUCGUUUGCGUCAGAACUUACGAAUUGGAGUAAAUUUCAAACAAAAUUUGUAAUUUUUUAAAAUAAAAUUUGAAAAA